AUUGACUGGUUGACUUCUCAUACGGUCUUUAGUCAGGAAAGAAGAUUUUCUGUCCUGGUAUCUUCUCUUCUAUCAAGCCAAACCAAGGAUCAUGUUAAUCACGGAGCAAUCCAACGUCUUCUUCAAAAUGGUCUGCUUACUGCUGAUGCAAUCAACAAUGCUGAUGAAGAAACCAUCAAGAAAUUGAUUUACCCUGUUGGGUUUUAUACAAGAAAAGCCACUAACUUGAAAAAAAUUGCAAAUAUUUGUCUCACGAAGUAUGAUGGAGACAUACCUAGCUCAAUUGAGCAACUACUCUUACUUCCAGGCAUAGGUCCUAAGAUGGCUUAUUUGGUUAUGAAUUGUGGAUGGAACAAUGUCCAAGGUAUAUGUGUAGAUACUCAUGUCCACCGCAUUUGCAAUCGGCUUGGUUGGGUGUCAAGAUUGGGCACAAAACAGAAAACUUCGACACCUGAAGAGACAAGAGAGGCACUGCAACGGUGGCUUCCAAGGGAAGAAUGGGAUCCAAUAAAUCCUCUAUUGGUAGGGUUUGGACAGACAAUUUGUACACCUCUACGACCUCGUUGUGGAGAAUGUGCUAUAAAUGAGUUAUGCCCAUCAGCGUUCAAGGAGACCUCAAACUCAAGCCCAUCUUCCAAGUCCAAAAAGUCCACACUCAACAAGAAGCUUUAACCUAAUUUGUUCUUUUGGAUUUGGGUUACUUUUUUUUUUGGGUCUCAAUCAGCCCCACAUCUAGAGAUGUAUAUUUUGUAGAAAUAUUCGUACUUAACAUUGGA